AUUUCUGCAAAAAUUUUCAACCAUGAUUGGCUCCGUUUUAUUUUAUGCAGCCAAUGAAACUGUCGAAUAGACACACGUGAGUUCAUUUUUUUUCUCUCUCUCUAUUUCCUUUUGUUUUAUGGAAUUCUCCAUUCAUGGCAUAUAACCAAGCAACGUGCUUAGAAUGCCUUUCUCUUAUUUUGCACUGGUCGCUUUACCCAGAAAAAGAAAGGUGUCACUUGAAUAAGUAUGAUUCAUGGACUUCGGAGCCUCAACAUUUAAAUCUUCCAUUAUCCCCGUUGUCAUAAAUGCAUUUCUUCUAUCUUUUUCUCUCACUUUUUUUUCUUUUCUUUUAACUUUCGAUGAAGAUACUCAGUCUUUAUUGGGCUUCCUUGUUGCUGUCUUGUACAGUAUCAGCAGCAGCAACAAAUAACCAACAGGCAUUUUUUGGUGUUGCUCCCGUGAAUACUGUUCAUGGUCGCUUCCUUCAUAUCACAGAUAUCCAUAUGGAUAAACACUAUAUUACAGGCGCAACCAUCAAAUCAGACUGUCACCGUGAACCUAAAAAACAUAAACAUCGAAAAAAGAAGGAAGGAUUGCUUGCAGGCUAUUGGGGUGCACCUGGCACAAACUGUGAUUCGCCAGCUCGAUUAGUGUAUUAUUCCAUCGACUAUAUUGCUAAAGAAUGGAAAGACAAGAUUGAUUUUGUGAUUUGGACAGGCGAUAAUGCUAGACAUGAUGGAGAUGCGUAUAUUACUAGAACAAAAAAGGAAAUUGUUGGGUACAAUCAAAAAGUAACAGACGCAUUAAAAAAGGCUUUUACAACAAAGCAUAAUCGUACAUUGCCUAUUGUGCCUUGCAUUGGCAAUAACGAUAUUCAUCCUCAUAAUGAAUUAAGAGGCAUGAAGAACAAUCCUCAAUUGUUAGAAUUCAGUGCGAUGUGGAGUGAUUUUAUUCCUAGUGAUCAACAAAAACACUUUAAGAAAGGUGGUUAUUUUGCUGUGGAUGUGGCUCCUGGUAUGCGUGUCUUGUCUUUAAAUUCACUUUAUUUCUUUGGUUCAAAUGAUGUGGUCAAUAGCUGCAGUGAUAAAUCUAGUCCUGGUGCCCGCCAUGUUCACUGGCUUAGAAAACAGUUAAAACAUGCUCGUCGAGAUGGUGUUAAAGUGAUCAUGAUGGGUCAUGUCCCACCUACUGUCAAGAGUUUCAAGGAUAGUUGUCUGGAUGACUAUAUCAAACUAUCUACCAAGUUUGCAGAUAUCAUUACUGGACAUAUGUAUGGUCAUGCCAAUUUCGAUCAUUUCCAGAUCAUUAGCAAAGCAUUGGAUAAUAGUGCCAGUGCUUUCUUGAGCAAUGGCGAUAUCCAUGCGUUACAAGACACAGGCCGCUUUGUGUCUAGUUUACAUAAACAAUACAAGCAAGUCAAGAAAGUGCGUGAUCACAAGAGUUUGGUGGUUGUGAAUGUGGCUCCUCCUAUGCUUCCUUUGUUCUACCCUACUUUCCGUAUCAAUGAAUACAAUGCCAACUUGAGUUCUCCUCAAUUUGGUGACUGGCUCAAGUACACACAAUGGUAUACAAACUUGACUUACUGGAACGAACAAAGAAACAAGUUUGGGAAACAUGCUCUGCCUACAUUUGAGAUUGAAUAUGCAACAGACAAGGAUUAUCAUAUGUCUGAUCUGACAAGGGAAAGUUGGCUUAAAUUCGCUCAGCGUAUCAGCUCUAAAAAGGGAAGAAAACUAUGGAAAGAAUACAUGGCUAAUAUGUUUUGUGCCUGA